AUGCCGCACAAGAUUGAGCAGCCUGCCCUAGAGGGCAACCAAGUCCUAGCCGCCAAACAAGACAUCCUCGUUGCCGUCAUCGGCAUAGGGUUCGUAGGUACAGGGCUAGUGUCUACAUUUUCCACUGCUUAUCCGGUCCUUGGGUUCGAUGUGAGCCAGAAGCGAGUUGCAGAGGUAGCUCACGAGUUUUAUACUCGGCCCAACACCCGCUUCACGACCCAAGAGUCAGAUCUCGGUCAGGCAACCCACUUCUUGAUCUCCGUCCCUACUCUUCUCCUGCCCGACAAGUCCGUUGAUCUCUCCUACAUCAAGAGUGCCCUUGACGUGAUCCGGCGCUGGGCAAAGCCGCAGUCGACGAUUGUGGUUGAAAGCUCAGUGGCCGUGGGGAUGACGCGGAAACUACUGGGACCUCUCGCCUUGUCAAAUGGCUUCUUUGUUGGCAUGUCUCCCGAGCGUAUUGAUCCUGGGCGUACAGAGCCGCCUAUGCAUUCUAUCCCCAAGGUAGUCUCUGGGCUUGACGAUAUAUCCCCCGGGUCAUUGAGCUCCAUUACCAAGCUGUACCAACGGGUUUUUGACCAGGUCAUACCUGUUUCAAGCCCAGAAGUAGCAGAAAUGACAAAACUCUACGAAAACUGCCAGCGAAUGAUGGGGAUAGCAUUUGCCAACGAGAUGGCAGAUGCAUGUAUUAGCCAUGAUAUCAAUCCCUUUGAAGUAUGCAGGGCCGCAUCAACCAAGCCGCUCGGUUACAUGCCAUUUUCUCCAAGUCUGGGAGUCGGCGGCCAUUGCAUCCCCGUCAACCCAUACUAUCUCCUCCUCAACAACGAGUUUCCGUUGUUGCAACAGGCUGCAGAGAGGAUGCAUCAGCGGCCCAAGCGAAUAGCCUAUCGCAUUCUGGCCGAGCUCUUUGCAGACGAACACCAGAGCGACUCUGGAAUACUCGUGCCAAAGCGCGUGCUUAUCGUCGGCAUAGGGUUCAAGGCCGGGCAGUCGCAUCUCGUGAACUCGCCCGGCCUUGCGCUGGCUUCGGAGCUCCAGCGCAUCGGUCUGGUGGAUGUCAUGUUUGCCGACAGUCUCGUGCGCCAGUCGCAGGUCCCCCAUAUUAAGAAGUUGCCCGAGCAGAGUUGGAAUAAAGAGUGUUUGGGGGAGUUUGACAUGAUUGUUGUGGCUUUUCGACAGGUCGCGAUGGAGUUGGGGGUUUUGGAGGGUCUGCGUGGGGUCAAGGUGCAGAUGUGGUGCGACUAA